CAUCCCCAAAGCUGGGACCCCGGUGUCUGAGGGGAUGAAGAGAUACACAGAGCUGGUCCCUGUUCUCCUAACCUGCUGGUGCCUACUGCCGGUGUCUCCCUCCCCGCCAAAUGCUGGUUCCGCACCAUCGGGCUGUUAUCAAUUCUCCUAGAGCAACAUAAGAUGGGGUGCGCCUACGCUAAGAGUUGUCAAGAAAGUUUAGAAAAAUGGAAAGCAAAUCUACGGGGAGGAUGUGAGGAGGAGACUUCUAUGGGAGAGCUCUCAGGGACAGCCGCCCGCCUGGUGAAUGGCAUUCACCCAGAAUGCAGAUUACACUUGGAAAUCCAUGAAGAGGAAGUCAAAUGCAUGGCCUUCCUAAAUGCCCAAACAGAAUACAAAGCAUGUAGUGGAUCCUGGGAUAACGUUACGUGCUGGCACCCUGCUGACAUUGGAGAGACUGUCACAGUUCCAUGUCCAAAAAUAUUCAGUCAUUUUUACAACAAACCAGGAAAUAUCAGCAAAAACUGUACUAGCGAGGGAUGGUCAGAGAUAUUUCCAGAUUUCUUAAGUGCCUGUGGCUAUAAUGACCUUGAAGAUGAUAAUAAGCUCACUUUCUAUGUCCUGGUGAAGGCAAUUUAUACCCUGGGAUACAGUGUCUCUCUGAUUGCUCUAACAGCUGGAAGUAUAAUCCUUUGUGUAUUCAGGAAACUGCACUGUACGAGGAAUUACAUCCAUUUGAACCUUUUCUUCUCUUUCAUCUUGAGAGCUAUCUCCGUUUUAGUCAAGGAUGACAUUCUUUAUUCUAACUCUAGCACCGUCCAAUGUCAGGAUCAGACAUCUUCAUGGGUCAGCUGCAAGUUGAGCUUGGUGUUUUUCCAGUACUGUAUCAUGGCAAAUUUCUAUUGGCUCCUAGUGGAAGGGCUUUACCUCCACACACUCCUUAUGGUUAUAUUUUCUUCAAACCGACAUUUCCUGAUAUAUCUCCUGAUUGGAUGGGGAAUUCCUAUAAUCUUUGUUGUUGUAUGGACUGUGACAAGAAUCUUCUUAGAAGAUAUUGGCUGCUGGGAUACAAAUGUCCAUAAUGUUCCCUGGUGGGUGAUACGAAUACCAAUUUUAAUUUCUAUCAUUGUGAAUUUUAUCCUUUUUAUUAGUAUUAUAAGAAUCUUACUGCAGAAGUUAAGAUCUCCAGAUGUUGGCGGCAAUGAUCAGUCACAGUACAAGAGACUCACCAAGUCAACGCUGCUGCUCAUCCCUUUAUUUGGAGUUCACUAUAUUGUUUUUGCUGUAUUUCCUAUUGGCAUUUCCCACAAAUAUCAAAUACUGUUUGAAUUAUGUAUUGGAUCAUUUCAGGGCCUGGUUGUUGCAGUUCUGUACUGUUUUUUGAACAGUGAAGUGCAAUGUGAACUAAAGAGAAAAUGGCGGAGCUUGUGCCUGAACCAGUCCAUGAGCCGGGAUUACAGGCUCCACAGCUCUUCAAUGUCUCGCAAUGGCUCUGAAAGCAUCUUACAUUUCCAUCGGAAUUCCCGGGCCCACUCCUUCCUGCAAACCGAAACCACAGUGAUAUGAGCAACAACAUUCCCCAACCCAUGUUUGCUAAAAAAGCUCCAUGGAAGACCGUAUGAUAUCCCAUGCAGCCAAAUGUGGCAUAUUUCUCAGCUAUGCUGUGUGUGCUCUUGCUUCCCCUCCCAGUCUCUGUGUCUGGAAUGGCCUCGUUCUGUAAGCCAUUGGUAGCUCAGCUCUGUUGAUGCAGAACUUUAAUUUCGCUCCACUCACAUUGCACUCUCAUGUGAUGUUUCUCAUGUAUCUGGAUCUGAAAGCUAAUUAUAGCUAAACUGCAGUAUUUAAGUUUUUGGUGGUUGUUGUGUUUUGUUUUUGUAAGAGCUUCAGACCUAGAAUGUAUGAGCAUUUAGGAUCUUUGAUAAUGUGUCCAUUAUCAAGGGAGAAAGAGAAGGAAGGGAGAUGAUUCCUCAGAUACCCGGCUCAAAGUUCAUCAACUACAGCCAAGAGGGGUCCAGGAGCUAGAUCCUGCCCUGUGAAGCACAGCUCAUGGAGACCUCCAACUGAUCCCACUGAGGACUUCAUCAAGCUCCCAGUUCAAGCCUUUUGGUUAAGCAUGGAGACAAGGCACCCUUCAUCUUCUGUGAGAAAUCCUGGUUGGAUUCAGACCUACCUCAGUGAAAUCUGUGCCCUACAAGAGGACAUUGCUCUCUGGCAUACAAGGCAGCCAUGACAGCUGAUUCAUGGUGUCUGGCUUUUAGAAGCCAUAUGAUGAUACACCCCCAAAUGAAUCCUCAAGAAGACAAAAUCAUCGAGUAGCUCAAACUUCACUCUCAGCCCCCAAUCUGAACUCAUAGUGAGCCUUCACUUCCACCUUGCCUGCUUACCACUCACUCUGAGCCCUGGCUCUGGAUGUCCCCAUUGUGGAAUCUCUGCAGACUUUUUUUUCCUCCCAAUCAGUGCCCAGUAUCCCAGAGUUCUCUCUCCCCUCUCUCCAACAAAAUUAACUUAUACUUUGACUCAUUCCCAAAUAGUUUUUCUCUCAGCUAGAAAAAAUAAUCUAAUCAACUAAUUCUUACUAAGGUAUUAAUGACUAAAAAGUGUUUAAAGCACUACCCAUCUUGUGAGUAUUUUUGUUUUAAACAGGAGUUUCUAACUCCUCCCCUCCCAUUAAAUUUUUAAGGGUGGAAUUUUGGGCAGUGCAAGAUAUUUAGAUAGAUAGAUAAGAUAUUUAGGGUCUAGGGGAGUGAAAGUCUCUAUCAUAUCACAUACCACAUAAGCAUCUUCAUACUCUACCCAUGUGAAAAGUCAACCCCAGCCUAAAUACUCAACCUAAAUGUGAAGAUAUAGCCCCCAUCCUAAUAGCCAGAGUAAAAAUGAAGACAAUAUCAAGAAAGCAAAGAAGGAAACUAAAAAGGUGCUAAUGGGGUUAGGGGAGACACUUUGAACCCCUCUGUCACAUUUCAAAAUUGCUUUUAAGUGGAGAAUUAUUAGAACAAUGCACAAAAGAGGAAAUUGUCUAUAGUUUCACUUUAUAAAUACAGUACCUGCAAUUAGCAGUCAGAACUUCUUAAGUUUGAUUGUAUACUGAGGAAUCAGGGAUUUCUGACCUGAAAGAAAUAUAAGAAGGCAGCUCCAAUGGGAAGGGAAGAAACUGUAAAGGGCACCCUUGUUUAUGCUAUGUGGGUGGCAUACCUGUCUUUGAAGGCCAGAUCACAAACAAUGAAAUCUGACAAGUCUUGCCUAAGGUUCUGUGGUGACCUUAGAGUUCUUCGUUUGUUUUUAGAAGGGAAAAUAAAAUGCUUUUUAGAGAGAUGAGAGCAGGGGUUCCCAACCUGUCAAGACUCCUGGGGAGGUCCAUAGAUUGAUUUCAAGGGGUCUAUUGAACUUGGAUUGUGAAAAAAAAAAUCUAUCUUUGUUUUCAUUAACCUCUAACUGGAAGUUAGCAUUUCCUUCAAUUCUUUAAAAAAAAACAUUAUUCUGUGAAGGGAUCAAAAAGUUUAGCACAUUGCCCAAGGGGUCCAUAGCACACAGAAUGGUUAAAACAAAACAAAACAAAAAACCUCCUGGGUUAGAAAGUUUACAGUAAAAGAAACAAUGACAGAGUGAUGAGCAAGUCACUUAAUAAAGAUGGGAUGAUGCAGGGCAGAUAAACAAGCCAAUUCCUGUCCUUCCAAAGGCAUUUGGAAUCUCACCACUGCUAUGACCACCAUCAUCACCACGCACUUGAUUUUGCUAGGUGCCCGGAAUUCUGCCAGCCCUCCCACCCUUCAGAAAGCACUCAUCCCAAAGUUCCUAGCCACAUGUAAGCAAAACCCUUAAAUCAUAGUUUGAAAACCAUGAAAUUGCAUAAAGACUCUCUCACACUGUGUUCAGAAGGUAGUUAUGUGGCAAAGGAUUUAAGGGAGAUGAGCCCUAUUUUUAUAAUAUAAAGCAGGACCACAGUCCUAUAAAAAUGGAAUGACAGGGCAGCUAGGUGGCGCAGUGGAUAAAGCACCGGCCCUGGAUUCAGGAGUACCUGAGUUCAAAUCCGGCCUCAGACACUUAACACUUACUAGCUGUGUGACCCUGGGUAAGUCACUUAACCCCAAUUGCCUUACCGAAAAAAAAAAAAACAAAAAAACCAAAAUGGAAUGACAGACAGACAGCUGAGGUGUGCAGUGAGGGAGUGAUGGGCUAAAACUGAUGAGGACAAUGGAGUAGACUUAGGGGUGGGGUGGUACGAGAGUGGUAGGAGUCCCAUCCUAUCCUUCAUGUGGUGGUUUCUCACAUUUUCUGAGAGAUGCUUCCAUUGCCAGUACUGGGCAGUUGGAGACCAUAGAGAUCUCAGCUCUUCCUUACAAGUUACUGUCAUUUCAUAAAAUCUACAUUUCUGAUAAACUGGGAUUUAGGUAAAAAUGGGAUUUUAUUAUAACACAGUGAUAGCGUCUUCAAAAUAGAAAUCAAAGCCAUUGAGAUGAACUGGCAAACCCUUGACUCCUAUGGGAUUUUUUAUUUAAUAGAAUUAGUUGGGGGCAGCUAGAUGGCGCAGUGGAUAGAGCACUGGCCCUGAAUUCAGGAGGACCUGAGUUCAAAACCAGCCUCAGACACCUAACACUUACUAGCUGUGUGACCCUGGGCAAGUCACUUAACCCCAAUUGCCCCACAAAAACCAAACAAACAAACAAAAAAAAAAGAAUUAGUUGUAACCAGCUCAGGAAAACAAUGCUACUCUGGGACAACCAUUAGGCCUUGGGACUAGCCUCAUGUUAUACAACUGGAUGUUUUAUGGAUAUGAGUUACUUUAUUAUAAUUAGAUUCUGCUUUUUUGCUUUACCUGAAUAGACUGGAGAAUAGUUGGAUCAAAAGUUCUUGGGAGGGGCAGCUAGGUGGUGCAGUGGAUAGAGCACUGGCCCUGGAUUCAGGAGGACCUGAGUUCAAAUCCAGCCUCAGACACUUGACACUUGCUAGCUGUGUGACCCUGGGCAGGUCACUUAACCCCAAUUGCCUCACCAAAAAAAAAAAAAAAGUUCUUGGGUGGGGGAAGGGGGGGAUGAGUAUGAGGCUGUGCUAUCUAGAAGAUUGUCUUCCUUCCCUUGUUUUUCUCUGGUGUUUAGCAUGGCAGGUACAAAGGCAAGAAUUGACCAACCCAUCAAAAUUAGCUUCAUAGUUUGAGGACCCUGCAAGAGAAAAAGGUGUAAUGAUAUUCUUUCCUCCUUGCCCCAGGGGGGAAUAGAUGAAUAAGAUAAAAUAAGUAGAAAGGAUAUCAGAGUACAAACAAUUCAAUCCUUUCAUUUUAUAGAUAAGGAGGUUGAGGUCCAGAGAGGUUAAAUUGCUUGUUAAGGUUCAAGAGUAGGAUUUGAAUCCAGGCCAUCUGACUACAGAGCAACUGCUCUUUGAAGACUACAAAAAACUGCUUUUAUCAUCAGAGAAGCUAGAUAUAUGACCCUAAGCCAAUCAUUUCUCUUUUCUAGGCCUCAAUUUCCUCAUUUGUAAAGUGAGGUAAGAUCUUUGAUAAAUCUGAAAGGCUUCCUUUUAGUUGAUUAAAAGUCCUGUCAUAUUUCAGAAGUAUAUACGGGAACUUAAAUAGAGAAAGAGCUAUCCUGAAAAACUCUGUUCAGUUAAAUAUUUGCCAAGGCAAAUAGGCAGCCUUCUUCUGCUUUUAUCUUGUUCAGUAAAGGGAGAUUAUAAAAUGAGUACAGUAUUUACUGAAAGGAUCAUUUACUUAGAGAAGCAGUAAAUGCUCAAAUACUCAAUGCUUUUUUUUAAAAAUCUGGAAUAUAUAUUUGGCAAUUGUUAACAAAGUCCAUCAUAUGUCAUAAAUAUUUCCCAAGCUCAAUGAACAGUCAGUACUUUCAAUAUGACCAUUUCAUAUAUGUAAGUUGAAUGAGAAUGCCACCCUAAGUGUACAGAGAAUGGAUCCUCCAAAACAGGACACUUAUGAGAUUCUAAAUGAAGCUUUGUUGUUGUUCAGUCAGUUUAGUCAUGUCCAACUCUUUGUAACUCCAUAUGGGAUUUUCUCAACAGAGAUACUUGAGUGGUUUGCUAUUUCCUUCUGCAGCUCAUUUUAUA